AUUUCUCCAUCGCUGUAAACCCUUUCACGGUCGCCUUCUAUGGCGUUAUCCCUUCUUCGAGUUAUGGCUUCCGCCUCCCCCUCCUCCGCUCGCCUCCCUCUUGCUCAUAAACGCCUCUUCUCCGCCUCUAAAUCUCUUACACGUCCUCCUUCUCCUCCAUCUCUCAAUCUCGCCCGUCGAUCUCUUCCUCUGCUUUCCCAUUCCGUUCGAUCCACAACGUGCGCCCCCUGGCUUACCUCGAUUCGUUGCCGUGUUAAUCGGUCUGGUAACUCCGGUUACGCGCCUCUUAACUCAAACUCCAACUUCAGUGAUCGUCCACCCACUGAGAUGGCGCCACUUUUCCCUGGCUGUGACUAUGAGCAUUGGCUCAUCGUGAUGGACAAGCCUGGUGGUGAGGGUGCCUCUAAGCAACAGAUGAUUGACUGCUACGUUCAGACCCUCGCUAAAGUUCUUGGCAGUGAAGAGGAAGCGAAGAAGAAGAUUUAUAAUGUUUCUUGUGAGAGGUAUUUUGGAUUUGGGUGUGAGAUUGAUGAAGAGACCUCCAAUAAGCUUGAGGGCUUGCCUGGUGUUCUCUUUGUUCUUCCUGAUUCUUACGUCGACCCUGAGUAUAAAGACUAUGGGGGUAAGCAUAUGAUGCUUUAAAUGUUUUGUUUUUUGCUGUUCAUUAAAAACCCAAUCAAAGAAUUCUUGACAG